AAAAGAGACAGAAAUGAGAGGGGAGGGGAUAGAGGAUUCCUGAACAGAGACCGCACCCAUGACCCACGUGACCCUGGGAAAUGCUCCUACCCUGAGAGGCGGCUCAGCACAGAAGGAGGAAGGACAGCAGAGCCAACAGUCACAGCAGCCCUGACUAGAGCAUUCCUGGAGUUCAAGCUCCUCUACACAGAGGAGGACAGAGAAGACAGCAGAGACCAUGGGGCCCCCCUCAGCCCCUCCCUGCAGAAUGUGUGUCCCCUGGAAGGAGGUCCUGCUCACCGCCUCACUUCUAACCUUCUGGAACCCGCCCACCACUGCCCAGCUCACUAUUGAAUCCAGGCCGUUCAAUGUCGCAGAGGGGAAGGAGGUUCUUCUACUUGCCCACAAUCUGCCCCAGAAUACUUUAGGCUUCAGCUGGUACAAAGGGGAAAGAGUGGAUGCCAAACGUCUAAUUGUGGCAUAUGUAAUAGGAACUCAACAAACUACCCCAGGGCCUGCAUACAGCGGUCGAGAGAGAAUAGACUCCAAUGCAUCCCUGCUGAUCCAGAACGUCACCCAGAAUGACGCAGGAUCCUACACCCUACAAGUCAUAAAGCAAGAUCUUGUGACUGAAGAAGCAACUGGCCAGUUCCGGGUAUACCCGGAGCUGCCCAAGCCCUACAUCACCAUCAACAACUCCAACCCCGUGGAGGACAAGGAUGCUGUGACCUUCACCUGUGAACCUGACAUUCAUAACACAACCUACCUGUGGUUGGUAAAUGGUCAGAGCCUCCCGGUCAGUCCCAGGCUGCAGCUGUCCAAUGGUAACAGGACCCUCACUCUACUCAGCGUCAAAAGGAAUGAUGCAGGAGGCUACGAAUGUGAAAUACAGAACCCAGUGAGUGCCAACCUCAGUGACCCAGUCAUCCUGAAUGUCCUCUAUGGCCCAGAUGUCCCCACCAUUUCCCCCUCAAACUCCAAUUACCGUCCAGGGGAAAAUCUGAACCUCUCCUGCCACGCAGCCUCUAACCCACCUGCACAGUACUCUUGGUUUGUCAAUGGGACGUUCCAGCAAUCCACACAAGAGCUCUUUAUCCCCAACAUCACUGUGAAUAAUAGCGGAUCCUAUAUGUGCCAAGCCCAUAACUCAGUCACUGGCCUCAAUAGGACCACAGUCAUGAUGAUCACAGUCUCUGGAAGUGCUCCUGGCCUCUCAGCUGUGGCCACUGUCGGCAUCAUGUUUGGAGUGCUGGCCAGGGUGGUUCUAAUAUAGCAGCCCCGGUGUAUUUUCGGUGUUUUAGGAAGACUGGCAGUUUUUAUUAUCCUGUAGAUUGGACUGGACCCUGAAUUCUUCUAGCUCCUCCAAUCCCAUUUUAUCCCAUCGAACCACUAAGAACAAGGUCUGCUCUGUUCCUGAACCCCUGAAUGCUGGAGAUGGACAACUCAAUGGAAAUUUAAAGGGAAAACCUUCAUGCCUGAGGUGUGGGCCACUCAGAGACUUCAUGUAACUAGAGACACUCAAACUGCAAACCACGACAAGAAAUCGACAACUUCACGCUGUGGACAGCUUUUCCCAAGAUGUCAAACAAGACUCCCCAUCAUGAUAAGGCUCUUACCUCUUUUAAUUUGUCCUUGCUUAUGCCUGCCUCUUUUGCUUGGCAGGAUAAUGCUGUCAUUAGUAUUUCACAAGAAGUAGCUUCGGAGGGUGACUUAACAGAGUGUCAGAUCUAUCUUGUCAAUCCCAGUGUUGUAUAUAAAAGGUUCUUUAGUCCACCCAAUGGCUGACAUUAGCAGCAUCUUUAACACAACUGUUUGUUCAAAUGUAUAGUGGGGUCCUUUUCAGAGUUGGACUUCUAGACUCACCUGUUCUCACUCCCUGUUUUUGUUUAACCCAGCCAUGCAAUGCCAAAUAAUGGAAUUGCUCCCUACCAACUGAACAGGGAGGAGUCUGUGCAGUUUCUGACACUUCUUGUUGAACAUGGCUAAAUACAAUGGGUAUCACUGAGAAUAAAUUGUAGAAAUUAACAAAUGUGCUGCUUCGUUAAAAUUGCUAGACUCGUCGGGCUCGUUCUUUGUUCUAUUUUAGUUGGUUUGCAUCUUGCCUAUCCAACUCUUGGUAUUACCCUCCUAAUAGUCACACUAGUAGUCAUACUUCCUGGUGUAGUGUAAUCUCUAAAAGCUUUAAAUGUUUGCAUGCAGCCAGCCAUCGAAUAGUGAAUGGUCUCUUUGGCUGGAAUUACAAACCUCAAAGAAAUGCGUCAUCAGCAGAACAUCCUAACCUAUGAAGGUACCCUAGAGCUUAAAGUAUAAUUUAAAAAAAAAAAACAAAACCUAUGAAGGAUAAAAGCCCCAAAUGGUGGUAACUUAUAAGAGCACUAAUGCUUUAAGGUUUGGUCACACUGUCACCGAGGUGAGCGCAUAGAGCCAGUCAUGCUAAAUGCUACAUACUCCAACUGAAAUUUUAAGGAAGCAAAUAGAUCCAAAACAGACCAAUUAAAAAAAAAAAAAAAAAAA